ACCGCCAACUGACACUCGCACAUGGGUUUGUUAUGAUGUGGACUUUGACACUUGUUUCGCUAUUGAUAGGAGCUUUUUGACUGAAUUGGUGAGGUUUAUAAUUUCUACUAGAUACAUUCUACUAAUGGAUCCCAGUCCACUCAUUUUAGAUGGAGGUCUUGCAACAGAACUUGAAGCAAGUGGGUUCCAAUUACAGGGAGAUCCACUGUGGAGUGCAAGGCUUCUGCAUACAAAUCCACAGGCCAUAAAGGACGCACAUUACAGAUUUCUUCAAAGCGGUUCUGAUGUCAUAACAACGGCCACGUAUCAGGCCACCAUUGAGGGAUUCGUGAAAUAUCUUGGUCUCCGGCCUGAAGAAGCACAGCAGAUGAUGAUGUCAGGGGUUCAACUGGCAAAAGAGACAGUGCGUGAAUUCAUGUCUCACUCACCCAAAUCAGAAAACAGAAGAGAGCCAUUGGUUGCAGGCUCAGUGGGUCCAUAUGGGGCCUUUCUACAUGAUGGGUCAGAGUACACAGGGGCCUAUGAAGACAAGAUGACAUUGGAGGAGUUGAAAGACUGGCAUCGUCCACAGAUCCAGUGCUUAGUAAAAGCUGGAGCUGAUCUAGUUGCCAUGGAGACCAUUCCAGGUCUCAAAGAGGCGGAGGCUCUGGUGGAAGUACUCAAAGAAUUUCCCGAAAUUAAAGCCUGGCUUUCCUUUUCCUGUAAGGAUAUUCACAAUAUUUCAAGCGGGAGGAGCUUUUCUGAGGCAGUUCAGGUGGCCUGUAGGUCCACACAGCUGCUUGCUGUGGGGGUGAACUGUUGUCCUGCUUCUUUGGUGAAACCGCUUCUAGAGUCAGCCAAGUCUCACAAGAAAGCAGAUUUGAGCUGGGUGGUCUAUCCUAACAGUGGAGAGAAAUGGGACCCCAAGACCGGAUGGAUAAUGGAAAAACAGACAUCAUUUGCCAAAUUAAGUCUCGACUGGAAAGAACAAGGGGCUUUGUGGAUUGGUGGCUGCUGCCGUGUUGGUCCUGCUGAUAUAACUGCACUGAAGCAACAACUACAUGUAUAGCAACGACUCAUCAUGAAACAUGACACCGUUCACAUCUAGUUACCUAUGAAAUAAUGCACUAAUGUGUAAGAAGGUGUAUAAAUAUUUAUUCAUAAAUAAAAAUGAUAACACUAGAUGACUAGACAUUGAACAUCAUACAUUAGAUGUUGUUGUGUUAAAGGAAAAACACAAAUCACAAUGCACAAAACAUGGAAGCAAUCAUGCAAUCUUAGCUCCCAGCGUUGCGCAAAGAACGUGACUGUAAUCCUUCAAGUUAGUAUUUACAAUAGGAUAGCGCCUUUUUAAUGGACUGUCACAUCACUAUAGCCUGAAUCUGAUCCACUGACAUAUUAUUAAACAGUCUGAUUUAUUCAUGAUAACUUAGUUUGUAUUUUUAAUUACUUACAGUAAUAAAACAAUUUUGUGUCUUUUAUGUGAUGCUCGGAGUAUUCUGCGUACACUUUAUUCAGAAUGUUCAUUUUUUUUAGUCCAUACCGUCCUCCAGUUAUCUACCAUCAGUACCAUAUAUAUAUAUAUAUAUAUAUAUAUAUAUUAUCCACCAAAUAGCAUAUAACUAAAAUGGAAUGAAAUGGAUAUUGAUCAGAAAAUUAAAUACUCACUAAAUGCUCUUGGUACACUUAAGGUGUAUGCAGUCACAAAUUUUGGCAAAAUUUUGCAAACAAAAAAGUUUAGCAAUGUAUGUCACUUUACUCUUGCUUUAAUGCCGCUUUGAAAUAAUGUCGCUUUCUGUUGGUCAUUGAAUCCUCAUGACCAAGUUAAACCCGUUUUAUCGCUGUCCUCUGUCGCAUCUUGACCUUUGUUCUGGAGCCAAAUCUUGGCAAAG